AUGGGUAAAGUCCGCAAGUCCAAGACAUAUCGGCAGCAUCAGCCGGCCGUGCCAGUCAUCAAGAAGGCCAAAGACGUCGAAGAGGAAGAAGCACCAGAGGAUAAGGAAGAUGAGGCCAUCAAUGCGUUGAGUCGGGGACAGCGCAAGCGUCAGAAGCGUCGCGAUGCGUUCAACAAGAAGAUGGGCAUGGUCGAGCGCACGAUCCUUCAGAAGAAGAAGGACGCCAAGAAGGAAUCCGACGGCAUCUUUGGGGACUUUGAAGACCUCCAGAAGUCGUUGUUUUCCGAGACGACAGUGCCCGCCACCACGGCUGAUGCUGCGCCGAAAGCCCCCACCAAGCUCACCGGGAAGCAAAAGAAACGCCUGGCUAUCCACGAACUGGGCCAUCUCAAAGCCGUGCACUCACACCCUUCGUUCCAGGCGAACCCGUUUGCCGCCAUUCAAAUGCACCUGCAGAACACAGUAGUCGCGGCCCAAGCGCCAGUCGCCGCCCCUUCAAAAGCUAACAAAAAGUAA